AUGGAUGUAAAGAACCCUCAAGUGAAUACAGACUUUGGAAGAUGGAGACCUGCUGAUGAUCUUGCCCUUAUUACUGGAGUUCAGCAGACAAAUGAUCUGACAGCUGUUUAUCUUGGGAUAAAGUUCUCUUGUCGAUUCACUCAAAAAGAAAUUCAAGAAAGAUGGUACCAACUUCUUUAUGACCCGGUAGUGUCAAGGUUAGCAACUACUGCUGUGAAACAGCUUCCCGCAGAUGUCAUUGCUUCAGCACAGAACAAUGCACUUUGGUGCAAAGAAGAGGAACAGAUCUUGGCAAAUGUACCAGCGAACAGCCCAGCCUCCUUAGAACUAUUCCAAGAUUUGUUGGAUAAAAACCCCUCAGUUUUUCACCAGUGUCGGUCAGCUAAGGCAUUAAGAAAUCACUGGCUUCUGAUGCGUCAAUAUCAACUCCUCUCUGAUCAGACAGUUUCCACGGCAGAACAUGCAGUGAGUUUCUCGGACGCUGAGGAACAGAUUAAUGAUGCUGAACUCUUAGAAACUAAGGACGAUAAUUUGGAACAGGAGCUUUCAUUGGCCGACAGACGAAACAAGAGAGAGAUACGCCUGUUAGAAGGAGAGAUCCCUCUAUGGCAAGUUAUUGUGGAAAAACUCAACGCAACCACUGCAGGCACCACAGUCACACCAGCUAGCGAAUUUGAUUCUCAUACACUUGCAGUUUUGAGAGGGCGACUGGUCAGGUACCUCAUGCGGUCUAGAGAGAUCACCGUCGGAAGAUCUACAGCUGACAAUCACGUUGAUGUUGAUUUGUCCCUUGAAGGACCCGCAUGGAAAAUCUCAAGGCGACAGGCGGUAAUCAAGCUUCGUAGUGAGGGUGAAUACUGUGUUAUCAACGAAGGUCGAAGACCGCUGUACAUAGAUGGCAAGCCCGUCGUCAUUGGUACCAAAGCGAGGCUUCACCACAACUCCACUUUUGAGAUUUGUGGUCUUCGCUUCGUGUUCCUGAUAAAUCAAGAUCUUCCCGGAGCCACAAAGGAAGUAAAACAACCGACACCAGCUCAGCAAGGAAAAGUGGCGUAAAAUAACGUCGAAAGUGCCUCAGGACACCAGCAAUAACCUGGAGCGUCAUACUCGUCAAAAGUGGCUUCGAACCACAACCUUCAUUUAUCUGCCACUACACCAGAUGUCUGAAAAAAAUAUAUUUAACGACAAUAUCCGUCGGGGACCCUUUCAUGUCCUCGAUACAUCGGAACGUUUCGUAUAGUAGACGAGAGGGAAAUACGAGCAUUCCCGAACUAGUUAGAGGUUCAGCGCGCAUGUCACAUGUGAAAUGUUUCGCAAAGGGACAGAAAUAUAUCGCUUACCUUUUAAUUUAAUCGAGACUGUAAAUUUGUAAAUUUUUUAUUUGAGGUAAACUCGACAUUUCGAAAUACAUAGGUUCGAUUGUAUAUAAGGGGGGAGAUGUUAAGAAUGCGAUAAUAAAAUUUCACCGACUUGUAGCGA